UGCGCGUCAGCAGUUUCCCCAGUAACGAGUCCGUGCUCUUUUAAAAUUCCGUGGAACUUGACUGGGGACCUUGAAAUCAGUCACAAAUGACUGCGCGGUCUUGACUUUGCAGUUAGUUUCCAGGCCGUCAUUAAAAAGUCAAUAAUACUGUACUCUAGGCUAGUACAAUUAUUUUAGUAGGCCUACUUGUUUUAUCAAGUUCAAAAACAAACCCGUGAAAACUAUUGGAAACGUUUAAUUUCAAUGUUCUUACACCAUUUAUUGCUUUGGCUUUGGACCCGUUUGAAUCCUCAUGACACUCAAUGACUGAUGGCCAUCCAGCUUCGUCCCGUCCAGAACAGCAGAACACCAUGACGGAGAUAAACCAGCUGUGCGCUCCAAUACUGGUGUACCAGGAGGACGUGAAGGAAAACCGCGCCACCGCUCAGCGUAAGAAAGAAACACUUAAGGAAACCUCCUGCGCUCCAGUCUCGUGCUUGGUGGGUUCCAUGGGCAGCCUCAUUGAUAAUCUUGCCUGCCUGCCCCCCUUCUGGUCUGGAGGAAGAAGCAUGAGUGUGCAGGACAGAGGACUGAAGAUGCCUACUCAGAUGCUGGAGGGGAAAGAGAAACAGGACAAGGGCGGAGCCAAGAGUACCAGACUGACCCAGCAGGACUCUAGCCAAUCACUGCACAGGAGUGAAAAGCUCACGGACGGCGUGCCCAAACUGGUUGAGCUCUACCAGUACCCCCGCUUCCUAAGCAACAGGCCCAUGCCCCUCCCUCACAACACAGCCUUCUGCACUGUCGUUAACAAUGUGGUACGGGGGCAGCGCCACCUGGUGCACAAGCCCAGAUAUAAGGCUAUGUUCCAGAUCAUUCUGUCAUCCUCUGUGAUGGAGGACUUUGUCACUGACUGCUUCUGGUGGCUGUUCAUGCAAAACUUCCAGCUGGACGCCCGUAUCCAGGGGAACAUUUUCACCCGCAUGGCUGUGAACUACACCAAGAUACUGACCCAGGAGGCAUCCUGUCGCUGCGGCAGUAUAUUCUUCAGAGAGUUUCCCAGUACCCUGGCCCAGACUCUGUACUGCUGCUUCUGCUGUAGCUUCCCUCAGUCCUGGAGCACCAUCCGCAGUGACGCCUUCCUACUCCCGCUGUGCUUUACUGCCUACCAGUGGACAGGAGGGAUCUGUCCAGCUCCGGACAUCUUUAAGAAGUGGGACUUUGAGGCUCUGGAGCCAGAGGAGGCCACUAAUGUAAAGCUUGUGUCCGAGGAUAAAAGGACAGAGGAAGAGAGCGGCUCGUGUCUGUCUCUCCUGGAAAACAUGUUCUCCAGUAACUCUGUUGACGAGCUUCUGCAGAGCCAACCGUCCAGUAACACCGCUCUGACAAGGAAGAAGUCGAGUUCAGUCCAGGCAAGCAGCCAGGUUGGUAGCCGGGCUGGUAGCCCGACCGGUAGCAAGCUGUCCAGCCCGUCAGUCAGGUCUAACAGGAGCUUAGUGAAGCAAGAGAAAUCCGGCUCUGACAAAAUCACAGGUACAGACUUGAAAGCGUUGACCUGCCAAAGCAAACAGAAACUUACCAGAGAGUCUCACGUGGCCUACCCUGGCACACAGUUCAAGCGCUGUGUAUUUAACCUGUAUGGCAACAGCCCCCUGGUCCAGUUUUACAUGCGUAUGAAGUCCAUCAACCAGCAGGCGGGUCUGGAUGUACGGGUGGUCCGCACCGAGAUCCACAAGCUGCCUCCAUAUCCUCUUCAUCUUCAUCAGGAGUAUAAUGCUGGGAAAAUCUACUGUGGUGUCUCUAAGACAAGUCACUGA